AUGUCGGUGAUUCCGGUCGCGUGCGAGUCCACAAUACUCACAAGGUACAGCAUCCCUCACGCUCCCAUCCCUGGACAAGACAGCGGUAUGGUGUACCGCAUGUCCGCCAUGCAUUCAAACGGCCCAGCAUCCUCCGCCACAAGCACUGGCACUGGCAGCCCAGAUAGCACUGGCCAUGUUCGUGUGGUUCAGAACCGGCCAAAGCCACGAUGCUGGGAGCAUGGUUGCAACGGACGGCAAUUUUCGACUUUUAGCAACCUCCUCAGGCACCAGCGAGAGAAAUCCGGCCAGGCAGCCAAGGCCACCUGCCCCAACUGUGGCGCAGAAUUCACCAGAACAACGGCACGCAACGGUCACCUUAUGCACGACAAGUGCAAGCAACGCAGGAACACCUGA